CGCAACGCCAACCGGCCAAAAAUUUUAAAUUCAAAAAACUGCUUUGACCCACAUUUUUUUAUUAAGAAUUUUCAAGUCUUAUACUCCCUCCGUUUCUUAAAACACUUCUCCUUUCAAAAUUUUCACUUCCAAUAAAACACUUCCUCUUUCACUUAAAAUCUCUAAAAUACCCCCCUACCCUAAUUUACUCCCCCUCGGUUAUUUCACCCGUUUCAUUACACAUGUCAACCUUUCAUCUUCCUCACCAAUUCUCUCUACUUUCUCCCAUGACAGGAGCUCCAUCUUCUCCAGAUCUUUCCAUGCCCUCGUUUCACUUGCUAAGUGAUAGCGAUGAGGAACGUUUUCGCCCCAAGAAAAAAAUUUCCGAUGCUUCCUUUAGCCCCGAUGAGGAUGUGUCAAUCCAUUCCUUUCAUGGUGAUGAAGUUGUCCUUCCAUCCUCUUCAUCUGACACGGAUCCAUCUUGGAACUACCGGAAAAAGUACCUUGGAGGUGACUUUCUACCGGAUGGAGUAGAGUGGAGUUCAGAUCUGGAAUGUGAAGAAGCUGAUUCAGAUGAUGAAUCAAUUACUACUGAAGAGAUUAGAGAAAUGAACUCUGAUUCGGAGAUAAUCUUUGCUGAACCAGUAGAAAGUCCCUCCAAACUCCAACGAUUUCGCCAGAGGGUGUUGAAAGCAAAAGGAACAUUGAGGAGCGGCGGCAGGGGUCAGUAGAGGAAUCGACAUCGGAAGCGGAAUCAACGUACUGUGUGGGG